CAAAAAUGUCAAAAACAUUUUGAAAAUUGAAAUUUCAAAAACUCUAGCAAUAUGGCGACGGCGACGAGUGACUUUGAGCCAUGGCUAAGUGAAAAAUUAAAAUCGUUGAAAACUGACGAAGGAGUUUUCGGAUCAUACAUAUCAGGUAUUUUAGAAAGCGAAGACAGUGUGGAUGAAAAGAAAGAUGCUUUAGAAGGCAUACUAUCUGAGAUAGUGGAAAAAGACAUUUCAACGCACAUAGACGAGAUAAUCGAAAAGUGGGAGUCAUGUCGACCAAAGGAAGAAAUCCCCAAACCUGUGACAGACGUAGAUGUGAGACUAGCCCAGUUGUUAGAAUCUCAAGCUCCAUCCACAACGACACGACGAGAGUAUACAGAUGAAGAAAAAAAAAUUCGGGAAGCUAUAUUGUCACAAUAUAGCCAACUUUCUGACAAUGAGGAAGAUGUUGCAAACGAUGACGAAGCUGCUAGUCCUGACUUAGUAAAGAAUACAAAUGCAGCAGAUGUGCAUGCUGCAGCUCGUGAACGUCGUGAACAGGCUCGGCUUGAUGCCCAGAAAAAGAAAGAAAAAGAUAAGGAAGACAGAGAAAAACAAAAACAACUAAAGGAGGAGAAAAAAGAAAAGCGCAAGACACAAAAAGGUGAAAGGAAAAGGUAGCAAACCAAAUGUUGAAUACUUGGCCGAUUGUUCAAGAUUGCUUUGUGAAUAUGAUGUUAAAAUCUUGUUAAUAUUGCUCAAUAUUGCACAAAUGCAAACUGAACAUUCAUAUACCCAUGUGUCUUAGUAUGAUUAAUGUACUCUAAUACGAAGCAAUAACUUUUGUUUUGUUCAGUAUAAAGAGGAUGGUCAUAUGCAACUAUUUAAUUUCCAUGAUUAAAAAGCUAUACAUUUUUUAAUGUUGAUUACAUUUUUCACUUAAAAGUUUCUAUGUGGUGAUGAUGCAAAAUAAUUUAAAGAUUAUUUAAAUUAACAAUAAUGAACACUUAUAGUAUAAAUAAUUUUGAAUAACACAUGAAGUGCUGUGCAGGAACAUGGAUCCAUGUAAGGCAGUCAAGUGGUUAUUUAACUCGUCGAGUACCGGUUUUGUAGACACAAUUAUAGAACAAUAGGUUGCGGUCACCGGUGACCGCUUGGUGUUUGACAGUUUAAUAAUUUAAUACAAUGAAACCAUAAUGUUAACUAUUUCUAAAUAGUAAUUUUUAAUGCCGUCGAUUGGUAAAUAUUAUAUUAAUAUCUUGUCUGUUGGCCAUAGCCACCAAACUUACUUAAAAAUCGUGUUUCCUUGACGGUCAUAUUUUGUUUGUGGGCUAUAGUUGACAGUGGUGUUCAAAAGGUUAAAGUCGUAACUGGAAAUAUUUAAAUGGAAAUUAAUAUUUUGACAUUUGAUGUUCUUAAAAUCAAUUAUUAAUACGAAAAUAUGAUAUUAUAUUAAUAUCUUGUUUAAUUAUUUGUUCCUAAUUUAUAAAAACCUUUGAUUCAUUAAACAAGUUGCUGUGGCCUACUCAACAUGUGUAAUUAUUAAGUUUUGGUAUUAUUUUGAACUGGUAUUUAGAUUGUAUGAUAAUUCCAUAUUUCCAAGCUACCUAACACCAAUGUGUCUCUUAAAUUGUUAGGAUUUUUAGAAAAGUUGUUAAAUUUUAAUAAUGAAGUGUAAUAUAAUUUGGCAUUUUGUAGGUACUUUGAUAUGAGCUAAAACUAGGAAUAUAUCAUGUUAUUAAAUUAAAAUGUGUUUAAUAAUACAAUAAUAUUGUUUUCAUAGUAAUGAAAUUGAACUAUUUUAUAUCUUUGAGCCAGUGAUGCUAAAAGAUUGAAAACUAUCAGAACACAUUAUUGUGUUAAUUCAGGAGUUAAAAGUAUAGUUAUGUAACACUAAUAUGUAUAUCAGGAGCACAAAAUACAGGCAGUAUGCUUUUGUUACUCUUUUGCACUAAAAGCAUACUGUCAUGCAUUAGUAUUUAUUUGUUCUGGUUAUUCUGUAUGCAUUUCAAAUAUGCUUUUUAGUCAUUACUAUAAUAGUUGUUAUUUAUUAUGAUGCCGUACAUGUGUUAUAUUUCAAUAAAAUCACAUGUGCAAAUGA